CAGGGACCGCCAAAGGUUUGAAUGGCAGGCUGCAGCUUUUCUAGUGUGUGCUCAUGUAGCGAACCAAGCGCGCUAGCAAAAGGCUUAAAUUACUAGGCUCACCCUUCAAUAUUACAGAUUCAAGUCAAUUAACUUUCAUUCUAAACACUGUAAGAGAGAGCUCGAGCGACGGCAUAUGCCCCGCAUGUGCUUUUGAAGCGAGCUGACGUUCUACAUUGAAUACAGCAACUUUAUCAGUUCGUUCUAGCUGCUAGGGGUAGCAGGCUGCUGAGCUCUAGUUUUGCAAAGAUUGGAAGAUGGGGUGUGUACGUGCAAUAUCCUUCCGCGUUCGCUUGUCGCUCCUGCUAGCUGCCCAGUGUGCCGCAUUUGUGCUUCUGUUUGCUUCAGUGGCAUUGGCCCAGACCACUUCACUGAGCCAGCUGGAACAGCAACUAGAGGGGGCACCAAACUACAGCAAGUUCUUGCAAGUGCUGCGGACCGAUGACGUCGUGUCGAGUGUCCUAGGGCCAGGGGGAUCGCUGGACAACAAGACGAUUUUUGCUUUUGACAAUGCGGCCGACACGCCUCGCUGGGAUUACAACCUGACGCUUGUUCAGUGCGGGCUGAAUGACCCCACACACGGUGCAUUGAGAGCCGUCCUUGCGUUCAAUAUCAUCGAGGGGAAGUACACGUUUGCCCAACUCCAAGCUCUGACAAAGGGGCAAACAUUUUUUGCGCCCACAGCGGGGUAUGUUCGUAUCAUCGACAGCGCCUCGUUGGGCGAGAUCGUCGACCCUGAUCUAGUUGACGAUCCGACGCUUUCCGUCCACGGAGUCAACAGCAUCGAUUACUUCAGGUACCCCGCCGCGCCGGACGGCUUAGUCAUUACCUGCACUUCCCAGGCCAAUCCUUGCUACGGCUACCCGGCGAAUCCGUGCGUCAGCCAGGACCGGAAUGCGUUGUGCCAGAACCCCGAGUUUGGCGUGGCGGUUUGCGUCUGUAGCCCCGGGUUCACGGGGACGCCCUGUGUUCCGGUCUCCGGCCCAGUCUCACCCCCUACGGGCGACCAAGGCGUCUGCGGAACGGGUGCUGCGGCCGCCUUCCCGACGCGCUGUCAUUUCAACAACGACCCUCAGGGGCGUUACGUCUGUUGCGACCAGUCCGGCUGUAACGGCUUUAACCCGCCCGAUAACCUGUUUCCCCACUGCGCUAACAACGGAUACGUGCCCCCCGGUUAUGGCAUCUCUUCGUCGGGGGGGCCGCCGCCGAGCCCGAGUCCACCCCCCAGCGGGAACCAAGGCGUCUGCGGAACGGGCGCCGCGGCCGCCUUCCCGACGCGGUGUUACUUCAACAGCGACCCCCAGGGGCGUUACGUCUGCUGCGACCAACUGGGCUGCGACGGCUUUAACCCGCCCGAUAACCUCUUUCCUCACUGCGCUAACAAGGGAUACGUGCCCCCCGGUUAUGGCGUUUCCGGCGGUACCCCGGUGCCUAACCCCGGCCCACCAACCGCUACCGGCGAUCAAGGCGUUUGUGGAAUUGGAGCUGCAAGCGUCUUCCCCGUGCGGUGCUGGUAUAACAACGACCCCCAGGGGCGCUACGUGUGCUGCAAUAACCAGGGGUGCGACGGUUUCAACCCUCCCGACUACGUUCUCCCCCACUGCAAGAACAACGGGUAUGUGCCUCCCGGAAUCUGAGGACAAAAUGUUCAGAACAGCUCGAUUAUUGAGAUGACCGGAAAGAAGGGGAUUCUCAGUCUUGAGUCUCCGGUAGCAAGCGGCUUCUUAAUCAAGUAAACUCGGCUUACUGCACGUAGGCUUCUUGUGUGUGUAGAGUAUUUACCUGACCAGCAGGUUGAAAGAAUCUUCAGGUCGGAAGUCGUCACAGUCUCACUUGCGGGCCACCGUCCCAACCAGAGAGCGUUUUGGUUAACAGCUAAACCUCUAACGAAAUAAAUCUGUUAUACUUGUAGUAUAGAUUUGAGACGGUGUACCUAUAUAGAGAUUGAAGCCGUAUAGGCGGCCGCCUACUAAUCUGGCACCAUGAUUCUUACAAACGGGUGUCAAGGAGAACUCUGUACGUUAUAGACUAUUGGCCCUUGUGUGCGUUCCACCCGGCCUGCUAUGCAGUACUGAAAACAGCUUGACAGGCCCAUCGUUACGGCAUGCCAAACUAGCAGGUGGUUUCAAGAAAACCUCGGGCCCUGGUCCUGG